AUGUUAAUAUUUGGGGUUCAAGCUCCACUAGCUGAAGGUUUGAAUGGCAUUUUGAAGACGCUUAAUAUGCACUACAGGGCAAUAAGGUAUGAUACGAGGUGGGCAAAAAGGGCACUGGGAUAUUUGAAGUCGUCGAAUAGUUUGAAUGCUAACAUGGUCAUUAAAGGAAAGCAGAUCGCACGUGGAGAGGUUCUGGCCGAAGGCUGGUUAUUCUGUUUUGCGAACACCUUCGCACGGGCACGAUUUACGUACGGAUGCAACGGUGUCAUCAACAAGAAAAAAGGAGACAGGGAGUUUGGAUCGUUUAUAAUUAUUGGUUUACUGGAAUGGAGCUAUGAGUGGGCUGAAAAGGCACUGGAAUAUUUGAAGUCGCCUGAUAGUGUGAAGGCUGACUUGGUCAUCAAAGGAAAACAAUCCUUCCCCGCGGAUGAUACACAAUUACUGUGGCAGAAACUGCUAGCAUUCCUCGAGCCCCGCUUCGACAAAAAAGAAAAAGCGCUUGAACGUCUUCCCGAGGGAACCAUCUAUGGAUGCAACGGCUUCAUCGACAGAAAGGGGAACAAGGACUUCAUUUCCGCUGCCUGUCUUUACAAAAAGCCUUGA